AGAAAGGGGUGGCCUUUAUGUAAUUUCAUUUAUUUUACCACUUUAACUCUGACUAACAGAGACAGAGAACAAUAUCACUUGAACAAGGCUAAACUAGACGUAGAAUUGUGAUAUUAUAAGGACAUUUAGUGAACAGCUAAUCAUGAGGAUGAAGGAACAGCCGGCAAUGAAGACCCUGUUGGCUCUCUUGCUAUGGUGCAUCAUCUGCCCUGAUGGCAAUGCUGAAGACGAUGAAUGCUCCCCAUAUGUUCGUGUCAGGAGGGAUACUGUUUGGAAGGUUCUAGAGAUGAGCACCCUAACACUCAGCUGCCCUGUGAUAUACUGUGAGGAGCCACCCGUUGUCACAUGGUGCAAACUGAUGGACGUGGAGAACUGCACAUCACUGUCUGAAAAUCCUAAUGUUAGAAUAUGGCAACAGAUGCCAAACAACACUGAGGAAAAUCUCACUAUAUCCUAUAUGGUGAUCCAAAAGAUAACAAAGAAUGACAGUGGUUUAUAUAGAUGUAGUGGUUCUGCCUACGCUCCUGGACGUCCAAUCAGGGUUAAUGUCACUGGUAAGUGAAGUUUUUAUGUCUUUUACUUUUUUGAGCCGGUGUUUGCAUAUAUUAUAUAUCACAUUUGCAACACUUUAACACUUUAACUAUCGCUCUCAGAUGUUGACCAACUGGAAAACACAACCUACAACACAAACACAGGUAUUACUGAUCCAGACCAGGGGUGGCUCUCUCAUGUGUACAUCUGUGGGGGCAUAGUGACCCUUGUCUUUCUGGUGGUGCUGAUCUCCUUUCUGAUUCUACAUGAAUGCAAACGUGAGUUACAGCUCUGACUAUAGGCUACACAACAAUCUCUGUCUGUCUGUCUGUCUGU